AUGCUCGCUGUCAGCCCAAAUUCCAGAGUCGCUCCUGGUCACCCCCCGCCCCCGCGGAAGGGUUGCCAGAAUAAUUAUUACUGCAAGCACAAGCAAUGCCCCUCGAUUCCCCCUCCCGUUCUGAUCGUAUAUAUUAAAGGGCAUCGCGCCCCCUUCCAUCAGCGAUGAUCUCAAAGCCCGGACGACACGCUUGCGCAAAUGGACUCCACCGACAAGGAAGCGUUUCCUCUCCCAUCCGUCACGUCUGAGCCCGAACGCGACUUCGAGCUCGAUAGGAUUCUCUCGGAUAACUGCAGCCAGAAUGAAUUCGGAGUGCUCUCCAAUCCGCUCCUCAAUCUGGACCGCCCGAAAUUGCGCGAGUUGGGGGAGGCCUUCGCUGCACGAUACGGGCUUCCUGCGAGCGAGCGGGCUCGGUUUGCGGACGCGGCAAUAUUGGCCCAGGACAACGAGGCCUGGCGGAGACCAGACGAACACCUUCAACUCCUUCCCGAGGACGCAAACGCACUUGAUCGAGAGAAGACUCAUAGGUGGCACCAGCCUCGAAAGCUAUGGUCCCUGAUCAUCGUGUGUGCCACAUCUGCUGCAGUGCAGGGUUGGGACCAGUCCGCAAUCAAUGGAGCCAAUGUCCUGUUCAAGACCGCCUUCGGACUGGACGAUAGACGUGAUAUUUUCGGCCUGGUCAGCAGCGCACCGCUUUUGUGCUGCUUCUUUAGCUGUCUGCUGCUCACAAAUCCCAUGAACCACUUUCUGGGUCGGCGGGGGACAAUCUUCGUCACCUGCCUCAUAUCGUCUCUGAGCUGCCUGGGCCAGAGCUUUACGCGGAGCUGGCAGUCAAUGUUCAUUCUGCGUUUGGUGCUCGGCCUGGGUAUUGGACCAAAGAGCGCAACAGUGCCGGUUUACGCCGCCGAAACAGCUCCCAGUUCGAUCCGAGGAGCACUGGUCAUGCAGUGGCAAAUGUUUACAGCUUUCGGGAUCUUUCUGGGUACACUGAUGGGAAGAGUAUUCUACGAUGUGGGAAAUGUCGAUUCCAACGAGGUUUGCACAGAGGCACUCAAGAAUAAGGUGUUUGCAACGCUUUUGAGCACGGAAUGCAGCCUCCGUUGGCGUUUGAUGAUCGGCAGUCCUAUGGUUCUCCCGCUUGUCGUAUGUGUGCAUGUGUGGUUCGUUCCGGAGUCACCACGAUGGUACAUGAAACAUGGCACUCAAUACUACAAGAACGCCUACGAUUCCCUUUGCCAGCUACGGGAAUCUCGUCUGCAAGCCGCUCGAGACCUCUUCUACAUCCAUUGCUUGCUGCAUGCGGAGCGAGAGAUCCAAAAUCGGCAUCACAGACUCUUUGAGAUUUUCAGUCGACCAAGAAACAGAAGAGCUCUGCAAGCCUCGUUUAUCGUCAUGUUCAUGCAGCAAUUUUGUGGGGUCAAUACGAUGGUGCAUUACUCAACAGAUAUCAUCAGUGAUGCUGGGGUUACGGGACGGAACUCCAUGCUCUUUACCAUGGGAUUCGGUCUCAUUAAUUUUGUUUUUGCGUUGCCGGCGGUCAGGAUCAUCGACACCGUGUCAGGCCGUCGAAAAUUGCUUCUCAUCACUUUCCCGCUUAUGUCUGUCUUCCUGUUCUUAACUGCUGGGGCUUUCAACAUCAAGAGCGACGAGAACGACAAAACGAAAGAGGCCAUCAUCAUGUUGGGGAUAUACCUUUUUGCUGUUGCUUAUUCCCCAGGCGAAGGGCCUGUGCCUUUUACAUAUUCCGCGGAAUGCUACCCUCUCUAUAUUCGAGAGAUUGGAAUGUCCAUUGCGACCGCCGUUACCUGGGUUUUCAACUUUUGCGUCACAAUGACCCUGCCCGCGAUGAAGGGAGAAAACCGUCUCGGGCCUGACGGGAUGCUGUCAUUCUACGGGACGUGGAAUCUGGUGGGAUUCUUGCUAGUGCUAUUCUUUGUACCAGAGACCAAAGGGCGUUCUUUGGAGGAACUCGACAGAGUGUUUUCAGUGUCAACAAGGAAACAUGCGUUGUACGGAGCUCAACAGGCUAUCUACUGGUGCAAACGCUACACGCCAGGCAUUGUCACCCCGAAACGUCCGGUUUUAGAGGUGCCAGGGGACGUAAUUCCGUCAUCUGGGCCAGAAGUACCGUCAAAUGCCCCUCGUCCGCGAUCACCGGUAUCAGUGGCCGAUUCCUGGGACUGAUUGGCCCAGGCUCUGGCGGGAGGAGAACUUUGGUAAUGGAAUGCUUAAUUGGCGGGUGUUUUUGGAUGGUGUUUUUUUCUUGCUUGCUUUUUCUUAGAAAUGCAAAGUUCGUGUAUGUACAAAAUUAGUGGCACGAUGCACAAGUCACAAGCCGGAAUGCAGCGUUGACUGCGCACCAUGUUGUGUUGGUCCUACCUACAUGUGCAUACUAGGAGAUGUCGGUGC